AUGGAGUCUCGCAUUGCGACGGCAGAGCCGUCCAACAAACGGCCGCGGUCGCCCACAGCCGAUCCUUCGCACCAGUCCAAAGUCCCCAAGUCUACGCACUCGAACCACCUGCAGAUCAACUAUCUUGCGCGCCAGUACCCAGACAACCUGCCUCUGGUCUCCGUCGACGACACGAUGCCGGCCAUCGUCCACCUGCUCAGUGAAUAUGACGGAGUGCUACACCGCCACGAGAGCAUCGCGGGCAACUUGGGUGCUUGUCCACUGGGCCCGAUUCUGAUCAAGCGCUUCGAGCGCCUGUUCGACGGCCCGCCGCAGGUGCUCAAGUCGCACGGCAAGGACGGCCCGACGGUCACCUGGCUGGACGUGGUCGACUUCGCGAAGAACAAGCCGGAACAGUUCAACCUGGAGAAGUCGCGGAAUGGCGUGCGGGUCUGCCAGUUCUACACCAAGCAAUGUCGCGUGGAGAUCAGCGAGGAGGACUUUGUGUUGAUCGCUUCUGGCAUGCCCCAGAAGAUGAUUCCACCGCAGCCCAUCAUCGAAGACGAGGAGAAGGAAUUGGGAGCACUCGAGAUUCUAGAGAAGAACCUGCAACACAUCACCCAGAUGGCCGACCAAGUAUCUGCUCGAGCAAGACAACUCAACCACCGCCUGAAGAACCGCCGCAAUGCGAUUGUGAGCCGACGCCAGAACGACGCCUCUCUGCAUGCGCAGUCCCGCUCGACCACCGAUAUCUGGCGCGAUGUCAACGGGCAAGCCUCAGCAAACGGCCAUGGGUCCUCCCACGCCUCUCCACCCGGAUUCGUCGCCGUCAACGCCACCCGCCCCGAGGCCGAAUCCGCCGAGGACAACCCGCUGUCAUCACCGUUCAUGUUCUCUCACUCCAACACCGAUAACGUCACCAUCAUCAACGGGACUUCGAUCAAAGGCGCGUCGCCCACAACACGAGCCGAUCUGAUGAAGAAAUUCUUCACGACGGCGGACCGCCACGCGCGCGGCUUGGACGAUGCGUCCGUGUCGAUCAAUGUCCCACCGCGGCCGCGACCCCGGGCCUCUGAUCCUGCGGAAUAUAGUCUCUACAGCAGCACCGCGACACCGGUGGCUAUCCCUGGUACCCCGUCUGCACUGCUCCCUCCGCCUAAAUCGACGGUCCAGGAGAAAGAUGAUGGCGGACCAUUCAAACUGGAGAUGGUGGCUCGUAUGGAGGAGUUGCCACGUGGCGAGCGUGUCAUGCCACCUUGCGACCGAUGUCGCCGCCUUCACAUGGACUGCCUGAAGAACUUGACCGCAUGCGUGGGCUGCACCAAGAAGCACGCUAAGUGCUCCUGGAGAGACGUCAAGGAGGAGGAAUUGCAAGCCGCCCGGACGGCGCCUGUGUCACGCGACCAUGGCGACAACGCCCGGGUUCAGCCCACCCCUCCGCAGGGCCCAGUGCCCACCCCGAGCGCCCCGAUGUUGGCGGAACGGCCCCCGCGAAUGGCCCCGGACUCAUAUGCCCACCAUGCGCGGCGCGAGUCCGCCCCCGGGGCUCCCCGUAUUGCGCCCGGCUCGGGGCCAUCCAUGGAGCUGUCUACACCAGAUGACUCUCCCCGACGAGCCAUGAGUGAGACAGAAGGUAGAGGGCGCGCCCAUGACCGGGGAAUUCCCGUCCGCUCCGCCGGGCGCCCCGAUGAUGAUGAUCCCGAUGCCAAUCAACGGCUGAUGCAGGCCAUUUUGGAUACGGUCGAUCACCACACGCGUGUCGCCGCCGCCGUGCAGGAGAAAGAUCGCGGUGCCGAGCGGACUGAAGACGGUCACAGUGAUCGGGAUUCGGAUCGAGACCGGCGGAUGGUGCAAGCCUAA